AUGGCCGCGCGGAGAAGGGCGGAGGAAAUUCGGGCUGCCGAAUCUCAGUCCCAGUCCUCCUUUCCUGUUAUUGAGGGGACGGCAAAAAAUGGAAGGACAGAGGCGGAACCUUUUGCGCAGGCAAGUGUAGAAGCUGGGCAAAAGGUGGAGAAGCGCCCUGCCGAUGUCGAGACCGGCUCAGAAGAAGAUCGCGCCGACAAACAACCUCAUUUGGAGGAGUCGGAUGUGAUUGUACCCUUUGUUGUUCAGCCCAAGAUAAAAAAUACGCCGAUCUCCUCCGAUGCUUCGGUGAUCAGAGAUCCAGCGGUUGCACUCAGCUUGGCGACGUCCGUUUCACUGCCAGCUGACAAGGCGACUUUUCGGGCAGAGCCUGAUCUGGUUGUAAUUGCGUUGGCCGCGCAAUCGCCUCUUUUGGCCGUCGGGAGGAUAGUCGACAUAGGCCGUCGUUAUCACGAAGCUGUCGAGCUAAUUGGCCGUUUAGAAGCGGAGGUUGAAGGCCAAAGGAGUAAGGCGCAGACGGAGGGCGCCCGUGCUGAGGCCGAGAUGGAGAGAGCCCGCAAUGCUGAAGAAUUGAGUGCGGUGGCCGAGAAGAGGGCGGAUGCGAACGACAACGCGCUUAAAUUGGCCCAGGAGGCGGUCUCUAAAUUGAAGGCUGAGUUGGAAGAGAUGAAGGUGGCGAAGCAGACAGCCAACCUGAAGGUUUCCAGCGCAUUCGAUGCUGGGAAAAAAUCUGCUUAUGAUGAAUAUGUAGACGAAGUCCCCAAAUCUGAGAAUCGGGAAUUUAAACACGGCUGA